GAAAGAGAGGGAUUUUUUUAUAUAUAUAUAUUUUGUAUUUAAUUUAAUUACUUUUUUUUUUUUUGGAUCUCUUUUGGGUCUCUUUUGUGAUCGAUUAAUUUUUCCUUUAAAUAAAAUUUAUUUCCAAGUUUUUUUUUAAUUUUUUUUUGGGAGAGUAAACGCCCUAGACCAAUUCCAAUUCCCCACCUCCCCCCUCAGAUCUCAACAUAAAACACGCACAUUUCCUUCUACAAUGGAGGUAAGGUGUUUGAUGUAAUGCCUGACAGGGCGGCGGCAGCAGCAGUGGCAGUGGCAGUGGCGGCGCGGCUCAUCGCGUGAAGUUUGAUGCUGCCAGGGAGAUGGAGUCGCCGCGUUUCCGUGCCAUCAUCCGCGCCACGAGCGGCCGGCGCAAGAAGGGCCCUGCGGACGUCAAGAGCUUCUCGCACGAGCUCAACGCCAAGGGGCCCCACCACCUCCCCAUGCGCAAGCUCCGCGGCCUCAGCAGCCCCGAAGAAUUGAUGAGUGUUAUACGGUCGAAGUUCGACCGCUUGAAAGAAGAAGUCGAUUCGGAGCUCGGCGUCUACGCAGGGGAUUUGGUGGGCAUGCUCGAGAAGGCCGCAGGCGUGCAUCCGGAGUGGAGGGUGCCUUUGGAGGACCUCCUAGUGAUAGCCCAAAAAUGCGCGGAGAUGUCUGCGGACGAAUUUUGGGUGAAGUGCGAGGGGAUCGUCCAGAAUUUGGACGACCGCAGGCAAGAAUCGCCGAUGGGUACCCUAAAGCAAGCCCACACGCGGCUCCUUUUCAUCCUCACGCGGUGCACUCGCCUGCUCCAGUUCCAUAAGGAGGGGCCCUAUGGCGACGACGAGCACAUUCUCGGGCUCCACCAACUCAGUGACUUGGGCUUCUACCCGUUCCAGAGGGGUUCCGGCGAGCUCGACCGAAAGAAUACAUUGACUGCUAAGGAAGUCCAGGAGAGGCUUCUGUGGAGGAAGAUUUUAGAGCAUCGGCAUUUGAGUUAUGAUUUUGCUGGUCGCCCUUUGACCCAGUCGAGCGAAAGUGUUUCGCCAGGGAGCAGGGAUAGGAUAUCGUCAUGGAAGAAGCUUCCCUCGGCAGCAGAGAAGAACCAGAAGAAGAGCCAUGAUUCACAGGACGAAACCCCGACAAAGGCGACCGACUCGCUCGCCCAAACAAGAAAAACAAACAAAACUAAAGUCGAAGCGCAUGAUAUCGUGGCCGACGCCUUAGCCGGUUUGGUCGAUUCUUCACUCAAGGCCGAAGCACCGAUUGAUUACUCUGAGGAUCAACAGAUUCUUGGUGACGGGACGCCAAAAAUGAUAUGCCGGAUAUGCGACUUUCAGAUACCGACGAUUUAUGCGGAAGGUCACUUCCUCAUUUGCACGAUUGCCGAUAGAUGUGAUGUAAAGGGUUUGAGUAUAGACCAGCGACUUCAGAGAGUUACGGAGAUACUUGAAAAGAUUCUUGCAUCGUGCAUGCCAAAAAACUUGGAUAAUUCAGAAGCAAGUACUGAGAGCACGAAAGCCAGUUCCUUAUGUGUAACUUAUGAAUCGGAUGGAUUAUCCUCUAGUCAGAAUAGCUCAUUGAAUCUGUUGCCAGGAGAAGCAACAGAGUUCUUUCAUGAAGAAGGAACACUUGCGCUAUCAUCAGGAAGCAUUACACCACAAUCACCAGCAAUGACACCGAGGACUAGUCGGACUGAUUUGCUAUUGAGUGGAAAUAAGGCGUUUUCGGAACUCGAAAAUUUUCAGCAGAUCGAUAGUCUACUCAACAUUGCCCGCGGCAUUGAGAGCGUCAAAACAUGCAACUACAACUCAUUGCAGGAUUUAAAUUCGUAUCUUGAAGACUUGAAUGCUGUUAUUGACACAAGAAAUGUGGACGGUCUUGCUGUCGAGACAUUUGGAAGAAGGAUAGAAAAACUGCUGCAGGAGAAAUUUAUACACCUUUGUGGCCAAAUAGAUGAUGGAAAGAAAGAUAUCUUGUUGACAAUGGUAGAUGAGGAUGGUUCUUUGGAGAAUAAUACGGGAAGUAAGAACCAUUUAAAUGCAAAAAUCAAGGAUCGAACAUCUAUUGAAGACUUUGAAAUAAUAAAACCGAUCAGUCGAGGGGCAUUUGGACGAGUUUUUCUUGCCAAGAAAAGAGUAACAGGAGACUUUUUUGCAAUAAAGGUUCUCAAGAAGGCUGAUAUGAUUCGAAAGAAUGCAGUGGAAAGUAUUCUGGCCGAGCGAAACAUUCUUAUAUCAGCUCGUAAUCCGUUUGUGGUACGUUUUUUCUACUCCUUUACAUGUAGGGAAAAUCUGUAUCUGGUCAUGGAGUACUUGAACGGAGGAGAUCUUUAUUCCCUGUUGAGAAGUUUAGGUUGUCUGGAUGAAGAAAUGGCCCGCACAUACAUAGCUGAAAUCGUUCUUGCAUUGGAGUAUCUGCACAACAUGAAUGUGAUUCAUCGGGAUUUGAAGCCAGACAAUUUGCUAAUUGCAAGAGAUGGCCACAUCAAGUUAACAGAUUUUGGGCUCUCUAAGGUUGGUCUUAUCAACAGCACUGACGAUUUGUCAGGUCCGGAUGUGAGCAAUUCCACUUCCUUCGAAGAUCUGCCAACGGCUGCAACACAGCGAGCGGAAAAGAGAGAGCAGAGACGGAAACAGUCGGCUGUUGGAACUCCUGAUUAUUUGGCUCCAGAGAUACUGUUAGGGAUGCCACAUGGCCCAACUGCAGAUUGGUGGGCUGUGGGAAUCAUCCUUUUUGAAUUACUCGUUGGAAUUCCUCCCUUCAAUGCUGAGCAUCCACAGAGAAUUUUCGAUAAUAUUAUGAAUCGUGAUAUAUCUUGGCCACAAGUACCAGAGGAGAUGAGUUGCGAAGCUCAUGACUUGAUUGACAAAUUGCUAAUUGAAAACCCACUCCAGAGACUGGGCGCAACUGGAGCUGGAGAGGUCAAGGCUCAUCCCUUUUUCAAAGACAUCAACUGGGAUAUGCUUGCUCGACAAAAGGCAGCAUUUAUUCCUUCAAUGGAAGAUGAAUGCGAUACGAGUUACUUUGCUUGCCGCCAUCCUUGGAGUACCGCAGAUGAUCAAAUCUGCACAGCUGCUAAUGAAUAUGAUGAAUUGUGUGAUAGUAGCAGUGUCAGCUGCAGCAGCAGCCCAAAUAGUUGUGAACAUGAUGAAGAUGUAUACAGCCACGGAGAUGAAUGUCGCAGUAUGGCAGAUUUUGGAGCGCCGACACUUUCUGUGAAGUAUUCAUUCAGUAACUUCUCGUUUAAGAACAUCUCUCAACUAGCUACCAUGAACUAUGAAGUGAUAACAAAGUGUAACGAGGAGUCUGCAAAUGCUUCUAAAUCGUGAAAACCAGGAUCAAGUCGGAAAUAAAGACAGUUCAGUGACCAAUUGAUACAUUACGGAUGAACGGUGAUAUCGCUAAAUAGAUGCACACAUGAAGGGAAAGUUGGUUUCAUCCUACUUAAUGUUGAUAACUGGCCGUCUUACAAAAAAGAUGUUGAGGUUCAAUGUGUUGCUACAGAUGAAACUUGUAGCAAGAGGGAGCUUUGAGGCCUGUACUAGGUUUGUUCUGAUGCUUACAGAAGUUUAUACUGUGCUCAUAGAAGUUAUACUACAAGUUUUUUUUUAACACACACACACAUAUAUAUAUAGCCUAAUAGUGGCCCCUCAGUAAUUAGCAACUUGUUUGAGCUUAUCAUGGUGGGCUUAAACUCAUGAGCUCGAGUAAAAGAAUGCUAGCAUGCUAAUCCUUUUAUCGCUAUGUAUUAUUAGUUGUAUUAUUAGAUUAUCAGAUGUGGGAUGAUUGAGGUGUGACAUAAAUCAAUUAUUGGGCAUUUUUACGGCGAUCUAAA